CUGUAAGCGAGAUAUUCGUGAACAGGAAGAAAAAUUAAUUGGUUCUGUUGGAUGAAAGAUGCAGUAGGAGGGAGUUUUUAAACUGCCUUUCGAAUAUUAGUUAAGUAAAUGCCCUGAGUGAUUGCUUGCUUACAAUAUAUCGAUUAAACAAACUCAAAUUGAAUAGUAUUCCAACGCUGCUUUGAGGACAACUCAUUGACGCUCCCUACGCUUGAAACCAUCCCAGCUUUCAGCCCUCCUCCAACGGCUCGAGCACAGGGCCUCAUUGCUGGGUGGCUGCUUACUGUGUUUUGGCUCACGGGGAGACGAACUGGACCGACCACUGACCCGGUGUCGGCACAGCCUUUCUAGGGUUGCAACUAUCCCUGCGGUUGCACUGGACUAGGACGGUCGAGGGCAUAGGCCCAGUGCUUUACAGCAUUUAGGGAAACCUCCCAUUCACUAUAUCAUCCAACCGAUUCAGACUGGUUAUGGAGCUCGAGGUGAGCCGAACCGAGCUGGAAGGUUCCGACGCUCCCCAGUCUCAGAGACACGAGAGGAGCCUCGGACUUCUCACCACGAAGUUCGUUACUUUGCUGCAGGAAGCGGAGGACGGGGUGCUCGAUCUUAAAGUAGCAGCAGACACCCUGGCCGUCAGGCAGAAGAGGCGCAUCUAUGACAUCACCAAUGUACUGGAGGGCAUCGGCCUGAUCGAGAAGAAGUCCAAGAAUAGUAUUCAGUGGAAGGGAGUUGGGCCAGGCUGUAACUCAAGGGAGAUUGGUGACAGGCUGAUUGACCUGAAGUCGGAGCUUGAAGAUCUGGAUAUGAGGGAAAGUGAGCUGGACCAGCAGAGGGUGUGGGUCCAACAAAGCAUCAAGAACGUGACCGAGGACACACACAAUAGUCCUCUGGCCUAUGUUAAUCAUGAGGACAUCUGCAGCUGCUUCAAAGGUGAUACCCUCUUGGCGGUGCGUGCUCCCUCUGGUACGAAGCUGGAGGUGCCCAUACCUGAAGCUGUUCAAAAUGGUCAGAGGACGUAUCAGAUCCAUCUGAAGAGCGCUGCUGGGCCCAUUGAUGUUCUGCUCAUCAACAAGGACCCAGUUAACUCAACCCCCGUGGUGCUGCCAGUCCCGCCCCCUGAGGAAAUGCUGCAGAACACCAAGUCUGCUGCAGCCUCUGUAGACACAGCCAUUAACACACCCACUCACACAUUUGUCAAGACCACCCAGAGUCUGGCCACUGGCAAGCCUAAAGCACAUACAGCAGCUAAGUCAUCAGACACCUCCAGCACUGAAAAACCUGCUCAGCAACCACCAUCAUUGGACACUCGGUCCCUCCAGUCUUCUGCUUCAUUGGACAACAACUUGACUGUCUUUGAACCAAUCAAAUCCGAUUCAUCUGACUUGCUGGAUUUCCCCAAAUACUUUUCUGACAUGUUUGACCCCGCUAAAGAGAUGGUGAGUGCAGAUCUACUAGAGGAACUUAUGGCUUCAGAAGUGUUCUCUCCACUCCUCCGCCUUUCUCCUCCCCCGGGUGACCAUGACUACUUCUAUAACCUGGAUGAGAGCGAGGGCCUCUGUGACCUCUUCGAUGUCUCCAUCCUCAACCUUUGACCUAUGAACCCUGCCACAAGGCUCACAUGAAGAGACCCUUUUUUAAAGAAAGCCAAGAACACUUUUUUUAAACACUUGUUUGAGUACUAACAAACAGGUCUAUUUUUGGAGUCUUGUAAUAUAAGCUGAGUUGAUGAACGAACAGUUUUUGAUACUUUUCAUACUCAUACCUUCAUACUUUAUUUUGUCGCGUCCCCUUUGUUGAUGUUUGAACAGGGAGAGGAUGCAACUUACCCUGGAGAGCAGCCCUCCCCUACAGGAAUUAUAAGCUUUAAUAAUGUCAUGGAAUAUAUUUUUUGAUCUGUGCUACUGAAGUAACAGUGGAUGUGUUUUUAAAAGUUGAGUUGUGCUCCAUUUGGACCGAGUAAAUAUGGAUUGGGUUGAGGUAAAGAUAGCAACCCAUUCAUUUCCUCAAGGCAAAAUCAACCACUACACCUAGGUACUUAUGUACAUCUGAAACGGUUGGAUAGUAAACAAUAUAGUGAAAAUUCCAUCUAGUCUUUUAGAGGGCUAGGUAGAGCUAUUACCAUAUUGCAGACAUAUUUGAUCCUUUCAUAUCUACAUGGUGACUAAGGGUAGGAAGGGAUAGGUGCUGUGAAGAGCUGCAUUGUUUGUAUUCUACUGUCAAUGAGCAGUGAGGAGUGCAGCUACUCCAUUGCCCACAUAGUGGUGCUAGAGUCACAGCAGGAAGAGAAAAUCAGCUCCCUCACCUGCUGCAACCUAGUCUCCUAUGAGUCAGGUACACAAGACCAGCCACAACACUGACAACAUGUAAAUCCAUUAAAAGCCUUUACCAGUCCUAAUCUUUUGACACUAUUGAUAAGGCUUACAGUUCUCUUCAGUUGCUGGUGCAUUUUAUAUCUUGUCUGUUUCUCCCUCAGUGUGUGCAUGUGGAGCACGUUUUUUGGGGUGUAAUUUUCAAAAUUCUCAACUCUGAAUUCUAUUGUACAAUGCUCUUUAUUUUGGUGUAUUUUUCUAGUGAACUGACACUGUCAAGGACAGUACAUACAUAUUUUGUCUGUCUGUUUUUUUUUUUUUUUACAUCCAGAUUCAACUAUGAUGAUAUGUGUUCGUUGAGCAGUAAAUAUUUUUCUAAUUUAGUGUCAAAUCUGCUGUUUCAUUUGUGUUGUUUUGGAUUUAUUGCAUAUUUAUGUUUAACCUGCUCAUGUUCUGAAGAGUUAAGUUCACAUCGUGGCAAACUGGAACCAGAAAUGAGCAUGGGAAUUUUUGUCACCCCGGCCUAUCAGUUCGGGACCGUAUAUUUUUGGUCAGUGUUUGUGAAAUGGGAUGGCAGCAAAUAAGCGUCAUUAUUGUGGGAGAUAAAUAGAGAGGCUGAACUAUUCUGCAGGUGAUAUAUUGGUUGUAUACAUGUGUUUUAACUUUUUUAUAUUAUCAGGCAUGUGCUAAUUGUAAUUCCCCUAUCUCUACAAUGUAUAAGUUGCAGAUUGACAUUCACACACCCGUCUUUGUUAUCAUAUGUGCAAACAACCUCAGCGUGUAGCCACAAAUCCACUGAGUUAACCUGCCUAUGUUUUUAUAGGCUAAGUGAGGCUCAGAGGAUAUUUGUUUUAAAAAUGGGAAGUCACUCCUGAUUACCUGUAUGAAUGAAAAAUAUAUGAAAACUUUUUUGAA